UGUAUAUGCAAAAUCUGAAUCCAAUUUUUCAGGCUAGACACCUUAACUGCCCUCUUGGGUGUAUCAAGCAUACUUGGCUGUAUCAAGCAUACUCAUCAGAAACCAUUAAAGUGCCCAUUAAAACCAAUACAAUUCCCAUUAUAACAAUUUAAACCCGUGACGGUUUCUACUGUUAUUUAUCACGGUGAUAAAGGUGGUGGGCUAAUUAGGAGAGGUGCCGUAGGCCUGUGCCUUCGCUCUUGGGCGGAGCUUUUUGACACAUGUUGACAUUUCCGAUAGCGCUUAAAAACGUGUUCGUAGCUCCUCAUACUUUGGGAGAUCUCAUUGCCCUCUUUAUCUUCGCCAUGAUACUGGAUUCAAUGCUAGCACGUGCCACAUUCAUGAUAUAUCUACUGAAUGUCAUAAAAGAAAUUCAACAAAACCCAAUGGACUUCACAACGAAUUUGGAAGAUCAAGUGCCACAUCUCAGCUACUUGGAUAUGGAUCUGGUGUCCCAUAGCUUCUUAAUAAUGAGAGAAGGGGGUCCCAUGGUCAACGUCAGGCUAUGCUACAGGUCUGCCUCAUGUGUGUCACUCUCUCCUCCAGUUGAAAUUCAGGUGAGUAUUUUUUUGUGUUCUGGUGGGUUUUGUAAUAGUCAUCUUUAUUGCAAGUUGAUGUGCAUUCAUUAUCUAGCACAAUCUUUUUUUUUCCAGAUGAAUACAACUCAUUCCCUUUCUACUAACAUCAGUUUUCCAUAUCUUCUGCCAUGUUUGUGUAUACAGGUGUAUUAUGAUCACCCUGAUGCAAUGAGGAGGACCAUAUGUCCCUUUGAGAACAUGACUCAAAAUGGGGUCCUGGAUGUGUUGUCCUCCGGUGAAAUAAGAGUCUAUAAUAAUUCCAAACUGACAUGGCAUCCCCUCUGUCCCUCUGCCGAGCUAUCUCCCUCUGCAAAGCUUUGCUGGAAUAACAGUGCUAGUCUGGCUGACUGUGUCAUUUUGCCUAACACCACACUACAAGCAGUUGGUCUGAUCUAUGACGUGUCUGAUGUGGACAGGCACCCACAGAUGUGUAUUCAGUUGUCUUUGAAUAACAGCCAUUAUGUUCACUGCCCCUUCAAGUUUGGUCAUGUCUACCAGUGGGAAGUCACUCAUUUAGCAGUAGUUGCUGGACACCUGCGGGUGUCAAUUACAUCCAACAUUCCUGCGUGUUUUGCAGGCCAGCUGUGUGCCCAUGUUGCAGAAGAAUGUGUCGCUAUAGGAGAUGAAGGCAAUGUCUGCAUGGAGGGGGGCAGCAGCCUAGUGCAGCUGGUGUUAUCACUUCCCUUUCGCUCUCUUGGGAUGUGUGUACAGGUGUGGAGACUUCAACCAGUUCUCCAUGGGAGAAGAAUAUUUUGCCUGGACUACCCACAGAUGCACAGAAGAUGGGGUCUAAUUGUUGGGGCAACACUGGCUUUUCUGCUUACUUUAGUAGUCCUGGGAAAUGUUGCUUGUCACCAGUUUUCUAAAAGAUUCUCAGGUUGUGGUUCCAAUAGACCUGUUUUGCUAGUAAGUUCCUCAGAUGACGCUAGUCACAUCUCAGCAGUAUUAGCUCUUGCUUCUGGCCUACAAGCAGAGCUCCACUGCAGUGUGCGGCUUGCUCUGUGGGACCACUGUGCCUCACAGGACUCGAUAGCUCAUCUGGGGCCCGUCCCCUGGCUCCAUGCUCAGUGCCACACUGUGUUACAGACUGGAGGCAUGGUACUAAUUGCUUGGAGUUCCAGUGCCUCUGGUACCUGGAAAUGGAAGGGAGAGGGUGGAAAGAAAAGUGCAUUUAACUUAGAAUAUGUGCAACUGGCAAGAACUGAGAAUAACCAAAACCUUGAUACAAAUGAUUCUAAACAGAAAGAGUGGACCUGCACAUUAAAGGGAGAGAAAGACAUAGAAAGCCAUGGAGCAGCUCAGAAAGACAUAGAAAGCCCUAUAGCAACUCAGAAAGCAGAAUGGCAAGAGAAAGCUCUGCAGGGAUGUAGAGAGCAAUGUGAAGAAAAGACCUCAGUGACUGCUCCAGUGCUUGUUGCUACUCUGUCCUGUGUGCAAGCAGCACUGCAGUCAGGACUCCAGAUUGACAAUUUCAUCGUACUUCAUUUCCAGAAAAAAGGCUUGAAAAGUGAAAGUGAAAGCAAUGGGGAUCUUCCAGCUGUGCUCCACACUCUGCCUACAUACUACCUGCCACAGAAUCUCCCUAAACUUGUGUUAAAGCUGAGGAUGGGCUCUAUUAAAACAUCCAGUUGCUGGUUGUGGCUGACUGAGCCUUGGUGGGCCCACCAUGUGUCAUGGCGGUUAGCACAAAGACUGCAGGACUGUCUCCAUCAAGGCUGAGCUCCAGAGCGGAAUGUGUACAGACGAUGUUUAAUAUGGAAAGUGACAAUCUCUCUCUCUCUCAUCCCCUUUGCUAAAGCCAUAGCAGCACAGAUGUGUCAUCCCAGUGAAUAUUUUACUUAACAUAAAUUUCAAAGGUGUCUUUGGACAUAUUGUGUGUUUUGGAGUGCCUUGGAAUUCACAGCAGGUCCAUCCCUAAAACCUGAACCAUUCAACAAAUUGUUUGUGUAAUGGACAUUGUUGAACACAGUCUUGUGUAGUGUGUAAAUGUCACAUCCUGAGGCAAGUUACGUUGAUAUUGUAGACCUUAAUAGGGAGUGAAGCUUAUUGUUACCUGCAUUUUGAGAAGUACAGUCCCGCGCCCACACCUACAGCCUCAGGCUCAAAUAACUUGCAUUUUUAUUGGAAUGUGUAGUCAAUACAAUUGCAUCCUUUGACCAAGCCAUACACAAGUUGAAAAAACUCAGAAGUGAGGCCAAGACCAAUGCUGACUGAGACGCCAACUUUGAUAAUGGACUGCAUCGAUGAAUAAAAGGAAUGCUCGAGAAUGUCUCUCUAUUGUGUCCUCAAUGACAGCAUGGAGGAAUGGUGGAAGGAGGCCGAAACUGCCAGCAAUGGUCAACUAGAACCUGUAGAGACAGGGUCUGAAGGUAAAACAGACUCCAUCAUAGACGAGGAAGAUCUGGAUGACCAGAUCACCUAUGUCUAAGGAAAGAAAACACACGCCUGGGUCAAUGUGCUAGCCUGACGUACCACCAGGGGGCCCGUGUGGGAAACAGACAUAAGGGGAGCAUGCCCCUAGACCCCCAUAGUUUUGCUGGGUCACAGGAAAAAUAAUAGGUUUUAUCUAGGGGCUUAGCCCCCUCAAAAGUGGGAACCUAGAUUCGCCCCUGGUGGAGAGUUGAAGAUUUUAUAUUUUUGCAUAUCUACACACUCUUCUUGUCACACCCCAUACAUGCAAAACAUACAUCCAACACCAAUAAAAUGAACAAACAUACCACUAUGGCAUUAUCAUAUCAUCACUUCAGCUAUGCUUAGUGAAACUUAAGUUUUAGAGAAUAGCCUCAGAGCAUGAAUUACGUACCUCAAGCAACAGAAGUUUUAGGAAACUUGUUGACAUUGUUGAUUGUUUCUACGAUAUUUUUCCAUGAAAAAUUAAACUGUGAAUCAUAUGUAAUCCGCCUGGGAAUGCCCCAGCAGACUUGUUUCUCAUCUGGGAGACUUUGGUCGAUUACUCCACUGUUUAAUUGCUCAUAAUGCUGUGUAGGACAUUGAUAGAUGAAUGGGAAGUGCUAAGAUAAGGUUAAAUUGGCUUGGCUGAAUAGCACAGGUAAAAUGUGCUCAUUAGGCUGCAUAGACUAUUGAUAGUCACAGGAAUGUAAUGCUAAAAUAGUGUUAAUCAGUUGCUUAUGCUACAUAGUGAUGCUGGAAUACCUCAAAGAGGGGAGAUGCAUUUUGAAUUACUGAUGCUGGAACAUGGACAUCUGAAGAAAAGUUAGAAUCAAUAAACAAAAUGGCUGUAACACAA